AAUUGAGCGUGUUGAAGAAAGCUGCAGAGACUCGUUUCAAAACAUUUCUGGUUGCAUAAAAAAUGUACCUGCUAGUUAAAAUGGUUAUGACAAGCCGAGAAUAGUAGUUCAGAAAAUAGUAAAACCAUGACUUGUAAAACCAGGCACAUUGUUUACUAGCCAGGCCAGCUGCCGGUGAUGUUUUGCUGGCAAUGAAUAAUUAGCUAGCUAACGUUUAAAAUCACCCUCUGCCGCACCUGCUAGCUAAUUGGAAAGUUUCCCCAAGUGAAUGGGGAAAUGGACCCUACAACAUUUUCAGGUCCCCAUCUCCCUCUAUCCUCCCUGCGUCUCCUGGUGCCACCACUACGUCUGAUGUCUGCAUCCAUGUGGCAAGUGGCACAGCAGCGUAACGUGAUGCAGUAUGGGAAGCUGGAGGAGUUUGUGACUCUGGUGACAGAGAUUGUUCCGGAGCUCCUGACGCUCAAGCAGAGGGUCCAACUCAUCCUGGGACUGAGAGCGAGGCUGGUUCUUGAAUUGUGUCGUGGUGUGGAGUCUAACCCAGCUGGCUACAAAACUAUCCAGCCACACCUGGACAGAAUCCAUUCAUGCACAACACAUAAAGGGAGCGAAGACAAGGACGUGGAGGCCUCAAAGGAUAACUUUGUGGAGCUUGUCCAAACUCUGCUAGAAGACUCAAUGAAGAGGGAACAUUUUUUUCAGGAGGUGUUCCCUGUACAGUACAGCACUAGGUAUGACACAGCGCUACAGAUACUGGUGUGGCAGUUCUUUGACAGACUGGAAGAGAUGCUGCCAGUGCCCAGCUUUACACAGACAGCAUCCAUUCUCAACCUGACCCCUACUGACCUGGAAGAGUGUCAGCAGUCUUUCUCUGAUCCUGAGCAUCUGAAAACACUGCUGCAGCAUCAUAGAAAUCUGGGGCACCUAAAAAAAGAUUUUUUGUUCUAUGACUCUGAUAACAUCCUGUCCACGUUGUCCUUCCUCGCUCCCUCACUGAAGUCUAAACAUACCAAAAGAGGCAUAGAAGAAGGCACGGUGAAGAACGAGAGCGAUGUGAGGAGAAAGGGAGAGAAGGAAGAGGCUGAAGGACCGAAAGAACAGGAGAGUGGCGAGGAGGGACAGCAAGAAGUCAGUGGGGAGGACAAAUACGCCAAUGAGGGAAGUGAUGAGUGCACUGAAAGACUGGAAGAGGCUGGGGAAUCCUCUGGGAACUCUGGGCAGCAGAAACAGCCAUCAUUAGUAGGCAUCAAUGGACAAGCUAAAGCCAAGCCCCCCCAGUCCCAGGGCUUUUCCUGCUCACAGUGCCAGUUCUCCAACAGGAGAUGGCUCACCCUUCAGAAGCACAUCAAGAAGAACCAUCCAAAGGAGGACCGUGGGAUUGUGGACUCUGGAGAAGCUGGAGCUGAGAACAACGUCCUUCCUGUCAGUGAGACAGAAAGCUCCUCGGCCAAGAAGACCAGGAAGAACAGGUACAUCUGCUCCCAGUGUGGGAAGGGUCACAAAUGUUCAUAUGAACUGAGACGACACGAAACCGUUCACUCUGAGGUGAAGCCCUUCCAUUGUGACCAGUGUGAGAAGAGAUACAAAACAAAGGUGGCUCUAAAACAACACCAUCGAGUUCACACUGGAGAAAGGCCAUAUGUUUGCUCACAUUGUGGCAGAGGCUUUAGGUCUGCAGGAACUUUACAAUCACAUGUACGCACCCACACCGGGGAGCGACCUUUUGUCUGUUCUAUAUGUGGGAAGGGAUUUAUUCAACAUCAAAUACUGAUAGGUCACCUUCGGUGGCAUAGAGGUGAGAAGCCGUUCUUAUGUACCGUUUGUGGAAAGAGUUUUAGUACUUCAGGUGCCUUGUUGGUACACUCACGAACACACACGGAUGAACGCCCCAAAAGCUGUGAGCAUUGUGGGAAGAGGUUUAGAAGAUGUUACGAUCUCACAAUACAUCGGCGGAUCCACACGGGUGAGCGGCCGUUCUCCUGCACACAGUGCGACAAAUGCUUCACGUCCCACAGCGACCUUAGCAGACACAUGCGAAUUCAUACAGGAGAGAAACCUUACCAGUGUAAAAUGUGCGAUAGGAGAUUCACUGAAAGCGGCAACCUGAAAGUACAUCAGCGGGUUCAUCGGGGAACAGCCACAAAUGUACGGGUUUCAGUGUGCAAUAUCAGUAUGGCCCACCACAAGUCACCAAGUGUGGCAAGAAAGAAGGAAAGAAAGAAAGACAAUGUUCCACCACUCCUUGUUGGACAGGAGUUGCCGUAGCCACAGUGUAUCAUGUUCUAAGAACACACAUUUUGGAACAACGUUAUGAUUCCCGGACCAUAAAAAUGUUUUUUAUUUCAUUUAAAGUUGACUUGCAUUGUAAUAACUUUCUCAUAGUAGCAAGAUAAUUGGCUAUUUUGUGAUAGCGAGGCAUUUAAUGACAGCGUAAUAUGAUUUCAUUGGUUACUUUAUUUCUCAAGGUGGUAGCUUUUCAACACCAUGUAUUAGGUAAUCACACAUACGUAUUCACUGUAUCCUGCCCACUCAGUCACUGAAAUGAAAGCUUGUCAGUCAGGUAGGGUCGAACAUUUCAUAACAGAUUGAUACAGGAGUACUGUUAUUGCAGAAUUACACAGCAAGGUAAUAUUACAUUUGUGGUGUGGCCCUCUGGACCUCAUCGAAGACAGAAUGUGGCCCCUGAAGAAAAUGAGUUUGAGACUCCUGGUCUUGAGGGAUAUUGAGCUCUGUACAGGACUAUGUUGGUGAAGAUAGUGAUGCUUGUUAGAUCUAUAGUUUGACUAAGGUGAUUUGUCUAAACCAGUGGUUCCCAACCGGCACACUGAUUUGCCUUCAGGAGCUCUCAGGUGUGCCGCAAAACUUUUCCUCAUCUUGAUAAAAAUAAAAAAUAAACUUAACACUCACUUAUAAACGUGACCUGUGGAAUGCACAUGGAAUUUUGAUUUGGGAGCACUAAUGCUGGUCAGAUAAUACAUUAAAUGGCACAUGGUUACAUCUGUGUCAUUGUUUCAAAUCCAGUGCACUUUUGUAUCAUUUUGAGGGGUGCGCAUCAUGAGCAAAGUCAUCUAUCAUUGAAAAAAUACAAUAUUUUUUUAAAGAACAAGCUAACUACUGAUUUUCAGUGUACAUAUAGGGAAGGGACUCAACUUGUACUGCACUGACUCAGAGGACUGAUUGGCUAAAAUACAUGGAUAAUAAGAUGGUAGUUGGAGCUGUAUAGUUACAUUUCAGUGCAGCCUUUGAUAUUAAUGAUCAUAAUUUGUUAUUGAGAACUCACUUUUGGCUUUACAAUCAACGUAGGGAUGGUGCCAGGUUUCCUCCAGACGUGACGCUUGGCAUUCAACCUUCUAUCACAUGGUUGGAGAGUUACUUAUCUAUCCAAUAGAACUCAGUAUUCUUCAAUGGAAGCUUCUCUAACAUACAGUGGGAAGAACAAGUAUUUGAUACACUGCCGAUUUUUGCAGGUUUUCCUACUUACAAAGCAUGUAGAGGUCUAAUUUAUCAUAGGUACACUUCAACUGUGAGAGGUGGAAUCUAAAACAAAAAUCCAGAAAAUCACAUUGUAUGAUUUUUAAAAUUGUUUAACUUGGGUCAAACAUUUUGGGUAGCCUUCCACAAGCUUCCCACAAUAAGUUUGGGUGAAUUUUGGCCCGUUCUUCCUGACAGCGGGUAUAACUGAGACAGGUGUGUAGGCCUCCCUGCUGGCACACGCGUUCUCAGUUAUGCCCACAAGUGUUUUUAAUAGGAUUGAGGUCAGGGCUUUGUGAUGGCCACUCCAAUACAUUGACUUUGUUGUCCUUGAGCCAUUUUGCCACAACUUGAAGUAUGCUUGGGGGCAUUGUCCAUUUGGAAGACCCAUUUGCGACCAAGCUUUAACUUCCUGACUUAUGUCUUGUUGUUUCAAUCCACAUUUUCCUUUCUCAUGAUGCCAUCUAUUUUGUGAAGUGCACCAGUCCCUCCUGCAGCAAAGCACCCCCACAACAUGAUGCUGCCACCCCUGUGCUUCACGGUUGGGAUGGGGUUCUUUGGUUUGCAAGUCUCACAGUUUUCCUCCAAACAUAACUAUGGUCAUUAUGGCCAAACGGUUCUAUUUUUGUUUCAUCAGACCAGAGGACAUUUCUCCAAAAAGUAUGAUUUUUGUCCCCAUGUGCUGUUGCAAACCGUAGUCUGGCUUUUUAUGGUGGUGUUGGAGCAAUGGCUUCUUCCUUGCUGAGUGGCCUUUCAGGUUAUGUCAAUAUAGGACUCGUUUUACUGUGGAUAUCGAUACUUUUGUUCCUGUUUCCUCCAGCAUCUUCACAAGGUCCUUUGCUGUUGUUCUGGGAUUGAUUUGCACUUUUUGCACCAAGUAUGUUCAUUACUAGGAGACAGAACGCAUCUCCUUCCUGAGCGGUAUGACAGCUGCGUGGUCCCAUGGUGUUUAUACUUGCGUACUUUUGUUUGUACAGAUGAAUGUGGUAACUUCAGGUGUUUGGAAAAUGCUCCCAAGGAUAAACCAGACUUGUGGAGGUCUUCACUUUCUCUUGGCUGAUCUCUUUUGAUUUUCCCAUGUCAAGCAAAGAGGCACUGAGGUUGAAGGUAGGCCUUGAAAUACAGGUACACCGCCAAUUGACUCAAAUUUUGAUCAGAAGCUUCUAAAGCCAUGACAUUUUCUGGACUUUUCCAAGCUGUUUAAAGGCACAGUCAAUUUAGUGUUUAUGUAAACUUCUGAACCACUGGAAUUGUGAUAGUGAAAUAAUUUGUCUGUAAACAAUUGUUGGAAAAACUACUUGUCAUGCACAAAGUAGAUGUCCUAACAGACUUGCCAAAACAGUUUGUUAACAAGACAUUUGUGAAGUAGUUGAAAAACGAGUUAACGACUCCAACCUAAGUGUAUGUAAACUUCCGACUUGUAUAUGUGGGGUAAUGCACCAUAAAAUGAUGCUUCGGUAGCAGCCUCUUUUUCUUGGAAACAAUUGCUUGAAUAACCUGUGGUGUUCUGCAAUUUAAGCGUUUAAAAAAAAAAAUACUCUUCUCAUUGGAGAAAAUACAAUGGUUUUACUGUAGCAACAGUAAAUACCAGUGUAGAUAAUUUGGACAAGCUAAGUCUCCAAAGAUAAGUGGUAGAUUGCGAAGUAAACACCAGGACUGGAUAGCAUUUAACCCCAAGUCAUUAGUCCUCUAACUUCUCUGCCGGAGGUUUGUUACUUUGUUCCAUGUAACCAUAGCUCGUUAUUCUCCUGUCUUUCAUUUGAUGUUGUGUACUUGUUCAAGUGCAGUAUUAGCAGUUUUAUUUUGUGCCACAACAAAAGAAAACGAGUCUAUAUACAGUGAGUGCAAACGAGGUAAGUUAAGGAAAUAAAUUACAAUAUCGCAAUUAAACAUAGGAAUGGUAGAUUAGCAGAAGAUGAAAGUGCAGGUAGAGAUACUGGGGUGCAAAUGAGCAAAAUAAAUAAAUACCAGUAUGGGGAUGAGGUAGGUAGAUAGAUGGGCUGUUUACAGGUGCAGUGAUCUGUAAGCUGCUCUGACAGCUCGUGCUUAAAGCUAGUGAGGGAGAUGUGAGGUACCAAAGAGCUUUGAAAAGCUCAUCAAACCAGGCAAGAGUCUGGUGACUUACAAUGUAUUGCAUGUUUGUCAAUCACAAUGAAGUACUUGUGAAUCACACUCCUCUGGGUCCCCAAAGCAAGCAGAUAGGGUUGAAGGCUUUCCAUGGCGCUCUCCAGAUGCUGGUCCCAGUCUGUGACAAACUUCAUUAGUUUGCUAUUAAAAUGAAUCCCGGUUUGCAAACAGUUUGUCAAUUUAAAUUACAGCUACACAUGAUCUUAAAAGUAGUUUAGGAUUAGGAAUGGAGAGUGAAGAGUUAACUGUAACCUCACCUUGAUAAACUUCACAAUGUGGUUACUGGUGUGUCUGGCUGAGAUUUUUCCUGGUCUCUUGUGGCCAUGAGGUGACAGUGGACAAGGACCAAAAUGGAGGACAUGUCACUGUCCCAUCCUGAAAGUACAAAUUUUCACUGAAAGUUACAUCCUUCCAUUUUGCUUUCAAAAAUAAUGCACCCUUCCAUUAGUAUAAUACUUUUAUUCCAGCAUACCAUUUUCCACUUCUGUUGUGGAUUCAGCAUCUUUAACCAGGUCUUGCAGGUCGCCUGUCUGUGUGAGGCCACGGCAUUGGUCAAUAACAUUCUGCUUGGAGAGAGUCGGCCACUUGUCCAGGAACUUUGCAGAGGUUGCAUCACUACAAUCUUGCUCAAUCUGCAGACAAGAUGGAAUAAGUCAAGACAGAACCGUAAACGUUAUGGUGUAGCACUAUCGUCAUGUAAUAUCAGUCCUAAUCAGACUGUUGUAGAACAGAAAACAACUAUCCUGACAGCUAAGGCAAAGCAGUUGAAGAUCCACAUACCAUUCCUGCUAGGUCUUUGAAUUGCUGUGAAUAUUUCAGAGGACUUCACUGGGUCAUGAACCAUCUUUUGGCGAUAGGCGAACAUCUGCUUCAUCAGUGCAAUGGCCUCACAACACAGGCUUUCUGUUGUUGGGCAGUUUCUGUUCCUAUACAGCUUUUGGACCACCUGUAACAUGGUGAAACUUUUACAGAUUACUGGGUUUGUCUGCUCUAUACAAUAUUGUGUCGUAAGAUAUUUAUUUUUUAAAAGGCUCGGAAACGCUACAAGGAUGGCCAUGCAUGCAGUUAUGUCGCCAGAUAAAGAAUGAGUAGGGCAAAGUACGAGAGUCUUGUUAUUAAUUGUCCAAAGCAGGGAUGGAGAGUGAGGUAGGUUGCAGUGGGUUUGCUGGUCAAUACAUAUACUGAACAUGUAACCACAGUAAUGGUGGCCAGUAAAUCGAUGAAUAAAAAUGUAAGACAAAUUAAGCAGAAAUUGUAGACGUUUAAUAAUUUCCAACAUGUCAGACCCUUUACUUCAAAUGAGUAUGAAACAUUUCAGUGACUUUCUCUUUAUCCCUGGUUGAUGUACAUUUCAGAGCCUCUUCAGUGUGGAUGGGGUAUAGCAUAAAUUUUCAACAACAAAGACAGCACUUCCAGUUUGUGUUCUUCACUCUGAACUCUUGUCUUCAUUCCCAGGCACAGCACAUUGAACCACUGUUGGCAUGCAAAACAUCAAAUCUAAAACAAAGCGUAACACCUUAUAAAUAAUAUCAAUGCAGUAUGACGAAUUAGCCAUCAAUUGUGUUAACAAAAAUUGUCUUCCAUGCCGUCACUGUUGUCAACAGAUUAUAAACAUGUUAAAUAAAGUUACUAACCCA